AUGUCCAACCUCAUCAACAAAGUCAAGGACGCCGUCAAGGGCCACAGUGACAACAGCCACGAGGAAUCUGCUCACUCUUCCAACCAAGGUCCUCAUGACAGCAACACCGCCAACAAUGCUGAUCCUCGCGUCGACUCGGACCGUGAUGGCCGUGCUGCUCACACCUCCACCACCUCCAACAUGACCCCUCACAACAACACCACCUCCACUGGCACCUCCGCCAACGCGUACGACUCUACUCAGUCCGCCAACCACGGUCCCCAUAGCAGCAACGUUGCUAACAAGGCCGACCCCCGUGUCGACUCGGACCGUGAUGGCCGUGCCAGCAAUGGCCACAACAGCACCUCUGCUGGCCUCGGCUCUCACUCUGCUUCCACUGGAGCUGGCUCCGGUCUGGCUACCGGUGCUGCCGCUCAUGAGUAUGGCUCCCACUCUACCAACCAAGGCCCCCAUGACAGCAACGUUGCCAACAAGGCCGACCCCCGUGUCGACUCGGACCGUGAUGGCCGUGCCAGCUAUGGCCACAACACCACCGGUCUCGGCUCCAACAACAACACCACCACCACUGGCACUGGCAUUGGCUCCCACUCCACUACCGGCCACCACGGCUCUCAGUCUGGUGCCGGUGUUGGCACUGGUCUGGCUACCGGUGCUGCCACCGGUGCUGCCGCUCAUCAGUAUGGCUCCCACUCUACCAACCAAGGCCCUCACGAUAGCAACCUUGCCAACAAGGCUGAUCCCCGUGUCGACUCGGACCGUGACGGCCGUGCCAGCUAUGGCCACAACACCACCGGUACCACAGGUACUGGCCUUCAGUCUUCCACCUCUGGCACUCACGGUUCUCACCACGGCACUUCCGCCGGUGUUGGCUCUGGUCUCGCUGCUGGCGCAGCUGCUCACGAAGUCGGCUCCCAGUCCACUCACCGCGGCUCCAACGUCUCCGGCACUACCGGUACCGGUAACGUCGGGAUGGCUGGUGCUGGCACCGAGGCUGGUUUGACCGGCCACCACGGUACCAUGGGCGGCGGCCCCGAUGCCACUAACAGCUACGCCACUGGCCCCGCCGACAACACCGCUGGUCCCCACAAGAGCGACCUUGCCAACAAGGCCGACCCCCGCGUUGACAGCGACCUCAGCAACUCUGGCCACAGCUUCGACCAGGAUGUCCACAAGGGCAGCAUCGGCGGUGCCGGUGUCAUCCCCAUCUCCGGCAACGCUGGCCCCACCUCCACCAAGACCUUCGAGGAGGCUCAACACGCCGGCUCUGCCGGCGCCGGUAGCAGCUACAACAACUCCAACACUGCUACCACCGGAUCCUCCGCCACUGGCCCCGGCCAGAAGACCGCUGGUCCCCACAAGAGCGACAUGGCUAACAAGCUUGACCCCCGUGUCGACUCUGACCUCGACGGUUCCAAGACUGUUGGCAACGCGCAGCAGCGUGCCUAA